AUGGACGUUGUUGAUCCUGACAAGCAGACUGUGCAUGUCUUUGAUGCUCUGUAUAAUUCAUACGUGGACGUUCAGUCUUUGGACAAUAAACUGUAUUAUCAAACCGAAGCCGGAGCCGGUGGUGGCGGGGACGGCGUGCCCGCCCCGCAGCAGGUGCUGUUCCCCCGCGAGCGGCUGCGGCUGCGCUGGGAGCGCGCGCGGCGCGCCGCCGCCGGGCUGCACAACCUGGGCAACAGCUGCUUCCUCAACGCCACGCUGCAGUGCCUGACGCACACGGCGCCGCUCGCCAACUACCUGCUGUCCCGCGAGCACGGCCGCGCCUGUCAGCACGGCGGCUUCUGCAUGAUGUGCGUUAUGCAGAACCACACGAUCCAGGCGUUCGCCAACAGCGGCAACGCCAUCAAGCCCGUCUCCUUCAUCCGAGACCUCAAGAAGAUCGCCCGGCACUUCCGCUUCGGCAGCCAGGAGGACGCGCACGAGUUCCUGCGCUACACCAUCGACGCCAUGCAGCGCGCCUGCCUCAGCGGCUGCGCCAGGCUGGAUCGCCAGACCCAGGCCACGACACUGGUUCACCAGAUCUUCGGCGGCUACCUGCGCUCCCGCGUGAAAUGCUCAGUGUGCAAGAGUGUCUCGGACACCUAUGACCCCUACCUGGACCUGGCGCUGGAGAUCAGGCAAGCAGCGAACAUCGUGCGAGCGCUGGAGCUGUUCGUGCGCUCGGACGUGCUGAGCGGCGAGAACGCCUACAUGUGUGCCAGGUGCAAGAAGAAGGUGCCAGCCAGCAAACGCUUCACCAUUCACCGAGCGUCCAACGUCCUCACGCUCUCGCUGAAGCGCUUCGCCAACUUCAGCGGGGGCAAGAUCACCAAGGACGUGGGGUACCCGGAGUUCCUGAACAUCCGUCCUUACAUGUCCCAGAACACCGGGGACCCCGUCAUGUACAGCCUGUACGCGGUGCUGGUGCACUCGGGCUACAGCUGCCACGCGGGACACUACUACUGCUACGUGAAGGCCGGUAACGGGCAGUGGUACCAAAUGAACGACUCCCUGGUCCAUUCCAGCAACAUCAAGGUGGUGCUCAACCAGCAGGCCUAUGUGCUGUUCUACCUGAGGAUCCCCAGUGCCAAGAAGAGCCCCGAGGGGCCCAUUGCCAAGGCUGCCCCCAGCCUGCCCGGCCACGCCGGUGCUGCCUCUGAUCACGUCAAGAACACCGUGAGCAAUGGGCCCGCGUCUUCCCCGCUCAUGGCGCGGAGACCGGACGCGCUGCAGGGGAGGAAGCUGCAGGGACCGGAGGAGAUGGGCGUCCCGGUGGCGCGGAGCGCGCUGGGCGCCGUGCCGAAGCUGCAGAACGGAACCGCCCAGCCCAGGCCGCCUGCCGGGGCCCCUUCGCCCCACGCGGCCCCCAAAGCCACCCACGCAGCAGCAGCACCCGCGGGUGACGCAGCCUGCAGGCCCAAGAAGCCGCUCGCCAGCCCGCAGCAGCCUCCUGCAGCCCGGGCCAGCCAGGGCCUCUCCAACGGCAGCCACGGCGGUGGGGCCAAAGCGGAAUUGCCCUGGCAGGGCUCCUGGGAGCGCAAGGAGCCGCCUACCUCCCCCGGCGCCACGGAGAGGGGCUCCGGCAGCAGCCGCAGCGCCAGCCCAGCGCACAGCAAAGCCCCAGAGCUGGCCAGGAAGGCCAAGAACGGAGCCAGCGGCCUCUGCACCUCUCAGGAAACGGACUAUGGUGCAGACCUCGCUGCUGACCGUGGCGCCGAGCCGGCGGGCGCCCAAGACUCCAAGCUGGGCAAGCUGAAAUCCUCUUUACUGGGCAGCGCGACUGUGGAGCUGAGCAGCACCAUGUCACCGCCCCCGGCCAAGAAACUGGCGCUCUCUGCCAAAAAGGGCAGCACCCCGCGGAGGGCGAGCGCCAGUGACGGCCGCGCACAGCCCCACGCACGCCCCGCUGCGCACUCGUCCCCCACGAGCACCCACCCCGACUUCUCCUCCUCCUCCUCCCCCUGGCCGUGCGGCGGCUCCAGGCCACCCUCAUCCGCGCUCAAGCCGCCCAGCCCCGCGCUCAGCCCGGCCCCCCGGGCCAGCCCCCUGCCCCAUGGCACUGCUGCCCGCUCCCCGCAGCGGCUCCCUGGCACCGGGGCACAGGCGCCCGCCCCGCUCUCCAAGAAGAAGCAGCGCAGGCAGCACUGGGAACAGGGGGGGCCCUGCGCCCUGGCCGUGAACGGCAAGGAUGAGCUCGGCAGCCCCCCCAGGAAGAGGAAGACCCCAGCUCCAGAGGGCAUGGGGUGCCCUGCCAGGAAGGGGACAGUGGCCGGAGAGCCCAGCGGUGGCAGCAAGGGGCUGGGCGGCCGGGAUGCCGAGAGCCGGGCCACGUCGCCAGCCCCGGAGCCCAGCACCAACCCCGCGAGAGCUGAAGCGGAGCCCAUGCAGGCCAAGCAGCCGCCGGGCGCGGAGCCCGGCGCCGCCGAGAGCGAGCACCGCAAGCGCAAGCGGAGGGAAGGCCCCGGCAGCCCGGGCACGGAGCAGCCCCCCGCGCACGGCUCCCGCGCCGGGGACGGUGCCGCAGCCUGUGCCGCCGUCCCCGCGGUGGCAGCAUGCGGCAGGGAUGGCCAGUCCCGAGCUGGGUCCCAGCGCGGCCGGGAGGAGCCCAGCGUGGUGCAGGAGCUGCUCCGGGACUCCUUGGACAAGGCGUACGGGAAGCAAGUUCUGACCUGGGACGGAGAGAUCUCGGCCGUGAGCCAGGACGCUGUGCGCGACGCGACCUGGGCCCGCAGCGCCACCGUCAUCGACGAGUGGGACGAGGAGUUUGACCGGGGCAAGGUGAAGAAGUGCAAGAAGCCGAAGCGGGAGCGGAGGAGACACUUCAACCCCUUCCAGCAGCUGCAGAGCAAGCGCAACUUCUGGUCGGGGACGCACCCUGCCAAGGUGGCCAGCCUGAGCUACCGGCUCUAGGGGCCUGGCUGCAGCCCGCAGCGCAGGGAGCGCUCCUGGAUCGAGGAUCGUGGCAGGGCCGCCCUCCCCACAGCGUCCAGCGAGGAGGGGAGCAGAGGGGCCCUGCUCUUCAGCUUCCCCCGGGAAGGUGCCACUUGUCCGGGCUGCCCCCAACCUCCCUCCUGGGGCUCCGAGCCGGGGGUUGAGGUGCUGGAAGCCUCUUGUGCUCCCUGCUCCGGGCGCUGCUCCCGGGCUCAGGCUGCUCCCUGGCCCCAGGGCCAGAGUGCCUUGGGCUCUAGGGCUGCUGAGCCUGGUCCUUCCUCAGUGCCUGGGGCUGCUGCCCCCUCUCCCCCUGC